AUGCCUCGCGAUGAUGGGAUCUGGCACUUAAUACCCUCUUCGGGCUCUCGAACUCAUCUAGAAGUCACUCCUGGAGCAGCAUGGCGCGAAGCCCCUUCUUUCGUGAUGCCUGAGUUGGGUGAUGCUGAAGCUCACACCGUGUAUGGCACAUGUGCAUCAGCAUCGGUACCAGGCGACGUUGGUCUCUUAGUGACUGGUCCAUCGCGUGUCGACUACUCCGAUCCCAAUAGCAGCAAGCAGGAUACUAACGCGAACGGCGACUCCAGACUACGUUCGGUGCAAAUCUCGUGCAGGAGAGCUAUAACGCCCUUGAUUGGUGCACAGGACGAACCGAUUAAAGUCGCCGCGAGUCUCGGUAUCAGCACACAAAUUUUGAAGAGCGUCAGGGAUCGAAAACGUCCUCUUGCGAGUUGGGAUGAAGGUGGCUUCCGGAAAGCGUCUGGACAGCCUGCGGAUGCCGAGAUACGUCGAUUGCUGGCAAGUUUGCUUGUGCUGGGUGCUUGCUAUGCAGCGACUGGGAUUUCGCUCUUCCUCAUCACUGUCAAAAAGUGGCGGGAGAAGGGGACCGGGUACCAUCGUGGGAUGAGAAAGGCUACCGGUGCUGUGGAUGCUUAA